GUAAAACAAAAGUUGCUUUAAAGUGCUUACAUAACUCACAAGAUAUCACAGCAGAUUUUUUAAAAGAAAUUGAAUCAAAUAUUUUAGUAUAUGAAUCUGCACGUGAAUUUGUAGUUCGUUGUUUUGGUAUUACCAAAGAUCCAAAAACAAAUAAUUUUAUGAUGGUGAUGCGAUUAAUAAGAGGUAGUAUGAGACAACAUUUAAAUGACAACUUCAUUUCAUAUAGUUGGAUGCAAAAGUUGAGUAAUUUAUGUCGCAUUGCACUUGGUCUUAUAGAUAUUCAUAAUAAAGGAUUAAUUCAUCAUGAUUUUCAUUGUGGGAAUAUAUUAAGUGAUUUUUAUGAUAGUGCUUAUAUUACUGAUUUGGGAUUAUGUCAACCAGCUAAUAUAGAACAUUCUCGGAGUAAUAAUAAGAAAAUAUAUGGAGUACUACCUUAUGUGGCUCCAGAAGUUUUAAGAGGAAAGGAAUAUACUCAAAAAAGUGAUAUUUAUGGAUUUGGAAUCAUUGCAUAUGAAAUUUGUAUAGGGUUUCCUCCUUAUUAUGAUAUAGCUCAUGAUGAAUUCUUAGCAAUGAAAAUUUGUCAGGGGUUGAGGCCAAAAUCUAAUUAUAAAGUUCCACAAUUAAUUUUUGACAUUAUUAAUCAAUGUUGGGAUGCAGAUCCUUUAAAACGACCUAAUGCAGAUAAAUUACAUAAGUUAAUUUUUGGUUUAGCUUCUGAUGUUACUUACAAUAGAGUGAAUUCUAUAAUCUAUAGGCAAGUUAAAGAAGCAGAUAAAUUUAAUAGAAAGUCAUUUUCAACAGUUCAAUCACCAUUAUCAUUUACUAGUACACUCUCAUAUAUAACACAUCCUCAAGCAGUUUACACAAGUAGACUUUUAGAUUUUAAAAAUCUUCCAGAACCAAAAAAUGCAGACAACAAUGAUUUAGAAUAUUCAGGUAAUUUUAUUUCAAAAUAA